UGACAUUUGACAGUUGUCAAAAUUUUCGAAAAUGACUCCUCCGUAGCUGGAUUCUGGUGUCGUGCUUCAAAUAAGUUUCAUUUAUGGUGCGGGAAGAGUUAGAUUCUGUUUUUUCGUUACACGGCGGCUCCGACAGCCGUCAACAGACAUUCGCUAGCAAUCAUGAACAUGGAACCUGGCGGUAUUCCGCCCAACAAUUCGCACCAACACCUCAUGAACAGUGAUGAUGAGAGUGUGGAUAUCAUCGUUCCUAAUAUGAGUGGAUUGGAAAGGGAAGAGAAAAACGAUUGUGACAGUAGACCCGAAAAACGUACAACUCUAGAUCAAUGGACUACAGUCAUCAUUUUAUGUUUUGUAAAUCUUAUCAACUAUAUGGAUCGGUACACGAUCGCAGGAAUAUUGACUGAUGUAAAGGAUCAUUAUAAAAUAGGAGAUGGAGAAAGUGGACUGUUACAAACAGCUUUCGUUCUUAGUUACAUGAUAUUUGCGCCUUUGUUCGGUUACCUUGGAGACCGGUACAGCAGGCGAAUAAUAAUGGCUUUUGGGGUUUUUUUAUGGUCUCUCACAACUUUUUUAUGUUCUGUUUCUGAUAAUUAUUAUAUUUUCCUCAUGUUCCGUACUUUUGUUGGAAUCGGAGAAGCAAGUUACUCUACUAUUGCACCUACUAUAAUUAGUGACUUAUUUGUGAAAGAUAUGAGGUCUGGAAUGCUAGCUCUAUUUUAUUUCGCCAUUCCUGUCGGGAGUGGUUUAGGAUAUAUUGUCGGAUCUGAAACAGCAAAAUUAAUGGGUAGUUGGCAGUGGGGAUUGCGAGUGACCCCAGUCUUGGGUCUUGCCGCUGUAAUUUUAAUACUCUUUUUCAUGGUCGAUCCCGCUCGAGGGGAAAGCGAGGGCAAAUCGCACCUUUCUCCCACUUCUUGGACCCAGGACAUAUCUGCUCUAGUGCAUAAUUAUAGUUUCAUGUUGUCAACAGCCGGUUUCACUUGUGUUGCGUUCGUAGCUGGAGCGCUAGCAUGGUGGGGACCGAACUUCGUGUUUCUAGGCCUCAAAUUGCAACCUGGUAUGGAGAAUAUAGAACUGAAUGAUGUCACCUACAAGUUUGGCAUCAUUACUAUGAUAGCUGGACUGUUAGGCGUCCCUCUUGGAUCAUACAUAGCUCAAAGACUGAAACCAUACUACCCGCGAAUAGACCCUUACAUCUGUGCCAUCGGACUACUUAUGAGCGCACCGUUACUAUUUUUUGCAUCAGUUUGUGCCAAAAGCAACAUCACACUUUGUUAUAUCUUCAUUUUCUUUGGCCAACUGUUUCUUAAUUUGAAUUGGUCCAUUGUGGCGGAUAUUUUGUUGUACGUAGUUGCUCCAACCAGACGAUCAACAGCUGAAGCUCUCCAAAUUCUCAUUUCUCAUGCGUUCGGUGAUGCCGGAAGCCCGUACUUAAUUGGAUUGCUUUCAGAGUUUUUUCAAAAAACACUUGCCAGUUCUCCAGCACUCUUUGGACCAUUACUUGUCCAUAUCUCUUCGAGCCUGACACUCUCCGAAAAAGGGACAAGUGAUGAGGUGCUGUUUCACAGCUUACAAUACGCUCUUUUCACCACAAGUUUUGUCGAAGUUCUUGGUGGACUUUUCUUCUUGCUCACUGGACUAUACAUCACAGCAGACAAGAAGAACGCAGACAAAGAGCUGAAAGGUGAAGAUAAUCCUAGCAUUUAUCUUAAUUCAAUUUUUCAGGUGAAGACAACCCUGUAGCCCCCACUCACAUUUACGCAGAUGACCUUCAGGUCACUGGAACUGACAACCCCCAUGCAUAGCAAUUCAAGCGAGUAUUAUUAUUUCUUUAUCGAAAGGUGUUCCUAUUACGACAUUUAGACAAAAUUCCACGGUUUUUUUACAGGUAUUUUGUAAAUUUAUACUGUAAGUAAUAUUUUUCUAUAUGUAGGUAUUAUUUAAAGUGUUUGGUACUGAGAUUAUUUAAUACGUUUUGUACUAUACUUAGGUUGUUUAAUUGUUUUUUUUCUUCUUUGUAGAGUAUUAUAACAAUGUUUUCUUAAAAAUCUGUUUGAUCUUUUGUAACUAUGUUUGUGUUUUUCUAUCAAAAAUAAAGGCGAAAGGAUACUUUUUCAUUGUUAAAUA